AUGGCAUAUGUUAGAUCUGCGGAAGAAUGUACGGACCACAGACUUUGGUCGGCCAACCCCAAGAUUGCAUCCCGCGCGUUUAUAGAACAUUUUCAAAGGAUGGGCGAUGACUCCGAUAGGUAUAUACCAGACAAAGUUGUUAACGAAGCAUUACUUGCGGACAAAAACAAAAUUAUUCAACGCCUUUCAAGCCGGCUCAAACAGUUUAUCGGUAGUGAAGCCAAUGCGCUGUUAGAUGUAAAUUCAUUUCAAUGCGAUGGCGAUCCUUGCAGAGAAAAAAUGUCACCUUCUUCGUAUGUCUUUGGCGAGCUAAAGGGUAUGAAGAACUUAUUUUACCAGAUACCACAAAGCUUAACUAAAUGCUCGUGUCAGGACUACUUAGGAGAUGUAUUGCCAAACUGUAGUUGCAAACGAAUAUCGGAAAAUGGGUUUUCAAGUAAUAUAUGUUUUAACGGUUCUGGGGAAGAAGAUAACGAAAGACAUAGGUUGCUCCUGAAGAUAAAUUUACUUCAAGAACAGUUAAACCAUUACAGUAAAAAUUGUGGAGGCGGACAAAACUAUGACUUUAUAGCCAUGCAGAUAUAUCGUGACCAAUUUAACCGGGAAAAAAUAAAUAAUUACUACAACAACCAGAGACUUUUAGUAGGCAUGGAAAUCGCAGAUAAAAAACUGAAGACCAACAAAAGUUUUUGGACUAUGUUUUUUUAA